UCUCAAACAGUUUCCCAAAAUAAAACAUGUUUACAUUAUACCAUAACAUGUACAUUAUUGUAUGUAGAUGUAAUAUUUUCCUGUGUAUAUUUAGGGAGUCACAUCCGUACUUAUAGUUUCUUUUUUCCCUGUUUGGUUUAGAAUUUUAAGUUUGGUCUCCGCUGAAGUUUUCGUUCAACGUGUUUCAAUUAGUUGCUAAUGCAAAUUUUUUGAAACUUUAAGCUGAGUAGAAGAAAGCUUAUUUUUGAAACAUAGUUGCAAGAAAGUCAAUUACUGACUAUUUGUGAUCCAUUUAAACCGAAGAUAUGAUUUUUGAAGAUAUUCUAAAUGACGUUGGGGGCAAUGGACCUUAUCAAAAGUUUCUAUCCAUUACUUUUCUCAUCCCGGCCAGUUUGGUCAUUCCUUGGUUCUCCAUGAAUUCUAUCUUCCUUUCUAGUACUCCUGAACAUUGGUGCUUCGUACCAGAAGUCGCCGCUUCAAAUCUCCCCACUGAUGCUAAACUAGAUCUCCUGAGUCCGCCAAAUGAUCCCUCUUGUUCAAUGUAUGAUAUCAACUAUGCGGAGAUCUUAUCAACGGAAAAUUUUACAGUAAAUCCAAGUUGGCCAACCAAAGCCUGUGACAAUGGUUGGGAAUUCGAUAAAACCAAUUAUGAUGCAACAUCUGUAACUAGAUGGGAAAUGGUCUGCGAGGACGAUUAUUACAGCAGUCUUGUCAUCAGUUUGUCGUUCGUUGGCGUCACACUUGGAACGCCCCUCUGUGGAUUCCUAUCAGACAGGAUCGGCAGAAAGCCAGCUUUAAUGAUAUUUGCCUUCAUGAUUGCCGUCACUGAAAUAAGUUCUGUGCUGAGUCCUUAUUUUUGGAUGUUUCUUUUCCUCCGAACUCUCAAUGGAUGCUUCUUUACUUCGAUUUAUACCAUAGUUUUUAUACUACUCCUCGAAGUUGUUAGUUCUGAAAAUCGAGCAAAAAUUAGUGGCAUAUCAACUUUUGCCUGGACCAUAGGAAUGUGUAUUUUGCCCGCAAUGGCAUGGCUUACCAGAAACUGGAUCUACCUUAGUGCAAUGACCGCAACAGCAUCUGCUUGCCUGCUUCUUUACUGGAAAAUUAUUCAUGAAUCUCCAAGUUGGUUGAUAGGACAAGGAAAAUACCAAGAGGCAUACGAAAUCUUGUCUAAAAUAAGCAAAUUCAACGGAAAAGAAAAUCCUGAUAGUUUUCAUCUCCUAGAGAAAAUUCAAAGCUUAGGAGCAGAAAUGAAAAGUGAGAAGGAAAAUGAAAAGAAGAGUUCACCAAGAGAAUAUAUUCUCAAUUCUAAAUUGAGAAAACGAUUCAUCUUAGUUACUAUAUGCUGGGUUUGUGCGAACAUGCCCUAUUACGGGCAUCAAGUGAAUUCCAGGAAUUUGGAAGGGAAUGAAUUUCUGAACUUUUUCUACCUCUCAGCCGUUGAGGUUCCGGCCAGUAUAGUAGCAUGGAUUAUGAUGGAAAGCAUAGGAAGGAGAUGGAGUGCUGUAGCUGGCUAUUUUCUCUCCACAAUAGCCUGCAUAAUUCCCAUCAUUGUCCCGCCAAACUUCGUCAGAGCUGGCGUCAUAGCUGCUCUUCUUGCCAAAGCCGGAAGUUCCGUAUCAUAUCAAGUGAUAUACCAACAUGCUCCAGAACUUUUCCCGACCUCAUUGAGAGCUGUAGGAAUGGGACUAUGUUCUACUAUAGGAUCCGGAUCCGUCUUUGCCGCUCCUUACGUUGCAUAUUUGUCUAAGUAUGGAUUUCAUGUACCAUUCAUUUGUUUUGCCAUAAUCGCUUUCCUUGGAGGAUUCUUGACUCUAUUUUUACCAGAAACGUUGAACCAAAGGCUGCCUCAAACUGUUGCAGAUGUGGAAAACUAUAUCUCAAAUCAGAAAUUCUUCUCUUGUGGAAUUGUGAAGGAAUCUAAAACUGAAGAUAUAGACACUUCCCGACGAUCCUCGUUCAUUGUUCCGAGAGCAGGCAGCAUUGAUCCUGUUGAAGUCCUUAAUAUCUUACGAAGAGGAUCAGUGGAUUCUGUUUAUGUUAUAUCUGGCCCAAACUUAAAAUCAUAGAAUUCGAAAGUGCCAAUUACAACAUUGUGAGCAAUGACAUCUUCGUAAGGAAAACUCGUGCAGCGCGCUGGCACGUUGCAAGAACUGAAUAAGACUCUAGAUUAUUUAUCAUAUUCACCUUAUUCCUGACGGGGGUUCUCUAUAUUAUUAGCAGAUAGCAGCACGAUAAGAGGCAUUUAUAACUUCCUCUGGAUGAAACGAGAAUUAAUUUACACUAAUCUGAGCUGCCAUAACGUCCUGCUUUGACGUAAAAGGAAGACUGAAACACUUCUGAUUUGAUUUGUUUCUUUUUUAGGAUACUAGGUGAAUAUUUCCCAUUGAACUUGAGAAAUUAUUUUAUUAAUCCUUAUAUAAUAACAUCGCUAACUGUGGCUUGCAUCUGCAGAAUUUCUGCCCCUUAGAUAAUGCAUUGAUUGAUUUUUUACGGAACUUCAUUAAGUAUUGAUGUUGCUUUCUGUCACCUAUGUAAAUGAACUUCAAUACUUAAGGAGGAUACUCUGACAUCAUCAACUACAUACAUCACCCUCUAGCAAUACUUAACGGAAAAUGUUAGUUGAUUCAGUUGAUGUGCAUAGUUGACACUCUACGGUAUAUAAUGUGGUAUCUUUUUAUCUUUUUUUUUUCAUUUACUUCUGUAUGAUUAUAUUUAUCGCAUGAAUGAAUGAUAAUUCUUUGUGACCUAUUGCUUUAAAGUUGAGUUUUUAUACUUUAUUUCAAUCAAAUUAUUGAAUUAAGAUAGGAUUGCAUAAAUUUAUGCUAGUUUAUU